AGACCAUACCCGGCGGUAGAAGACAGAUACGCGAAUCCUAGAUCUAAACCACCCGAUGACGUGAACGUAAGCGAGGUUAUAUUGAAGUUCCAUCUAUCACCUGCCUUGGUACAUGGCAAACUUGAUAUAUCGCCGUGUGGGACAAACGCUCUUGUCCAUGUACCCAUGCUGACUGAUUUGAUUUGUUCAAUAUACUUCCCCGCCUUGGGUGAUAUACUAGUAAUGGAGACGGAGUUUUUUCAAGAAAAUGGAAGGGUUAUAGCGGGUAAAAUAUAUGAUCGAAUGUUACAGAUGCGGAGACUGAAUACUAGAUAUAUAUCUUGUGCUCUCUCUAUGUCAUCCGUGGAAUCGAGAGUCAGUCUCACUUGCGAAUAUGAAGCUCAUAACGUCUGUUGCGCUAUCACUUGCGAGUAUCUGCGCGGCGGCUCCAGCACCACCGGUGGUACAGGCCCAUACAAAUCCAUCUAUUACGAAGACCCAUCCCUACCAGAACACACUAUCUUCAUGCCCGCCCAACCUCCAACAGACAAGAAGAUGCCCGUCGUUCUCUGGGGCAAUGGACAGUGCUACGGCGACGGUCUCGCAUACGGUGGUUUCCUCUCCCAAGUAGCGAGCUACGGCAUCGUGGUCAUCGCCAACGGCUGGGUGUCAACUUCCUCGCGGAACAAGUACCAAGGCGACAUCACCAAGAACUUGGCAUACCUCACCGACUCUAUUACAUGGAUUCAAGGGAAAGCGGGACAGGCUGGGAACUUCAGCACUGUGGACGCUGCUGCGCUCGGAGUUGCGGGACAUAGUUGCGGAGGAUAUCAGACGAUUGAGAUGCGGAAGGAUUCGCGUGUCAAGAUGCUGGCGCCGUUUGGCUACUUCACUGAACAAGCACAGUGGGCUGCUGAUAUCAAGGUUCCCGUUGGCGCGUUUGUUGGGGAGUAUGAUACUUCUAUCGCUUUGCCACAGCUUCGAGGUGGCUGGCCACGUUUGCCGGCUUCCACGCCGGGAUGGUGGGGAACUUAUCCUAGGACGGACCACGGUGGUACUUUCGAUCAGGCCAAUGGGGGAGUUUGGGCUGUGAGCUUGGCUAGAUGGAUUCUUUUUACCUUGACGGGCGAUGCAGAGUCUGGUCAAUACUUCAAAGGGGAUGGGGCUGGUCAGGCUGGGUGGACGCCGAUCACAAAGCAGAAUCUGGAUUCCAUCCCUGUUUCUUGA